GCUAAAUAAACGACGAGUCGAUUGUCUUGAGUUAUCUGUUUUAUUCUGCAUUUCAUUCUCUUCUGCGUUUUUUCGUUGGUCAAACAAAGAGCAUAAAAUUGCUAAAUUUGUGUUUCAAUAAAUAUAAUUUAAGUUUAAAUAGUUGCUUAACAAAAUGUCGCUUGCGGAAAAGAUUACGGGGCUGCUGGCGCGACCCAAUCAACAACCGGAUCCUGCUGGCGGUCCUGAAGCGCCCUGGUAUCUCAAAUAUGGCAGUCGAGUGCUGGGCAUCGUUGCUUCUUUCUUUGCCAUACUCUUCGGUCUGUGGAACGUCGUCUCGAUUCUCACACUGAAUGUAUCAUGCCUGGUCGCUGGCAUCAUUCAAAUGGUGGCCGGGUUUAUAGUGAUGGCGCUGGAAGCGCCUUGUUGCUUUCCCUGCAUCGAGCAGGUCGAUCAGUUGGCGGGUAAGGUGGAGACCAAGCCAAUGUACUUCCGAGCGGGUCUCUACUGCGCAUUGGCUGUGCCGCCCAUUUUCAUGUGCUUCGGCUUGGCGAGUCUCUUUGGCAGCGGCUUAAUCUUCGCAACUGGAGCCGUAUACGGCAUGAUGGCGUUAGGCAAGAAAGCUUCGCGCGAGGACAUGGCUGCUGCGGCCACAUCGCCCACACAAAUGGGAGGCGACCAGGCGGGCGGCCAAAUGCAAAUGGGCGGCGAUCAACAUAUCACACUCAUGGAAGACCCCGAUGUUUGGCGUCCAACAUAAACACGCCAAUUAAAUGCAUAAACUGCCAAAACCAAUUAACAAUUCCAACACAGACAUAAACACAAAAACACCUUCACUGCAGAUACUCACACAAACACCCCAAAAACGCAAAGAAAAGAAAACCUAAAACAAAUACAAUGGCAAUUAGACAAAGAAAUAUCAUGAUGAAAUAUUGAGUAACAAAUAUUUUAUGGCGCAUAGCUUUUAGUGUUCGUUCCAAUUGAAAGUGAAAAACAAAAACCAAAAACAAUAAAAAAAAAACA